AGAGACACAAAAUGGGAAUUUGUAAAACAUCGUAUCCCAUAAAUAGCCCAUUGUCUGAAGACAAUUAUGAUACAAAAUCAAAUUUAGAGAUUGAAAAAACUGAAGAUUUAGAAAUGACUACACCUUUGAAAAUUAAGGAGACUUUCUUUAUAUCACAUGGAUCACCUACACUUUCAAUUGAUGAAUCUUUACCUGCUAGACAAUUCUUGAAAGGCUUUAAAGAAAGAUUUUUGAAUCAUCAAAAGCCAAAUUCAAUAUUGGUUAUUUCUGCACAUUGGGAAACUUCUGAACCAACUGUUAAUUCUAUUCGUGGUAGACAUGAUACUAUUCAUGAUUUUUAUGGUUUUCCUAAACCCAUGUAUCAGCUCAAGUACCCUGCACCAGGAGCUCCAGAAUUGGCAAAAAGGGUGAAGGACAUCCUCAUGGCAUCUGGGUUUCCGACAGUGCACGAGGACAAAAAACGUGGUCUGGACCACGGUGCAUGGGUCCCGCUCAUGCUCAUGUAUCCUGAAGCGGACAUUCCAGUCUGCCAGCUUUCAGUCCAGCCCAAUAGGGAUGGUACUCAUCAUUACAACCUGGGAAAAGCAUUGGCCUCUCUCAAGGAUGAAGGUGUCCUCAUAAUGGGUUCUGGUUCUGCUACUCACAACUUAAGGGCUCUCGGUUCAUCCAAGAAUGUUGCUUCAUGGGCUUUAGAGUUUGAUACUUGGCUUAAGGACUCCCUUCUCAGUGGAAGGCAUCAAGAUGUCAAUAACUAUGACAUGAAGGCGCCACAUGCAAAAGUUGCACACCCAUGGCCCGAGCACAUCUAUCCGUUACAUGUAGCGCUAGGUGCUUCCGGUGAAGGUGUAAAGGGAGAGCUUAUUCACCACAGCUGGGAUCUUGGUUCACUUUCUUACGCUUCGUAUAAGUUUUCUAGCUAGCCUAAAUAGGUCUUCAUAGAUGAAUCCUUAUAUGUGUAUUAAUAGUGUCUGCUGGUGUUAAAUGGUGUAUAAACUUCCCAAAAUACUUUGGAUUUAUAGAAUAAAUUGAAAUUACUGAA